AUGGGCAAUAAACAUCCUAAAAUACCUAAACAAGAAGAAUUAACUAGAAAACGUAUUCAUUAUCUCAAAAAACUCACGAAAUUUUCUGAAGCAGAAAUACAAGACUGGCAUGUAGGAUUUUUUCAAGACUGUCCUGAUGGCAAACUUAACAAGGAAACAUUGACAAAAGAGUACAAGCGUUAUUAUGGAGAGCAUCAAGCAAAAAUUUUUUGCGAUUAUGUGUUCAAAAUAUUCGAUAAAAAUCGUGAUGAUUCAAUUAGUUUCAGCGAAUUCCUUAUAGCUGUUUCAACUAGAAGUCAAGGACGUCUUCGUGAUCGCCUUGGCCUCAUUUUCGAUAUGUAUGAUAGUUCACGUGAUAAAAAACUCGAUACAAAAGAACUGACAGCAUUGAUCACUGCUAUGGUAAAACUUUUAUUAGAAUCUAAAACUUCUUGUAGUACGUUAACAGAUCGAGAUAAAGUACGUGCGAAAAUAUUUGCUCAUCUUCUUUCAAUGCCUGUUCAACUCAAACAUCUUUUUGUUAAAAAAUUUGAAUGGUUAUUAUAUGUUAUUCAUUAUGCCGCUGAUGAAUUACGAAAAAACGCAUUAACUACUAUUCAAUAUGCUGAAUUUGGUAUUCCAAGUUGUAAUAUUGGUAGAAAUGAAUCGAUUCAUAUUGGUAAAAAUCUUGUAUCUAUUCUCAGUACUUAUAUGCCACAUUUACACACAUUACAACUAUGGAGAUCAGAUGAUUUUCCUUGGACAUCUCUUCGACCAAACGAUAAAUAUGGACGGUAUUAUGGACCUUUUAUAACACGAUGGAAGCGAUCUUUAUCAACAGUUGAAUCUAUUAAUGAUCAUGUAACGGUUUUUGAACAAGACCUUUCUCAAUUAUUUGAUCAAUUGAAAGAAUUUAUCUUUGUUGAUAUUUGUGGCAUAAUUCCUCGUGAAAAAGUAGAACCUUAUCGUUUAAUGGCUCAAACUCGUUUUCCAAAUAGUCGAAUUGACGUUCAACUAACAAGAUUUCGUCUUUGGAUAUAA